CGGAGUUCGCUCGAUUAACACGAGUGCGCUCUCAAUCCGGGCUCUGCGUCUGGCAUCAAUUUUACAAAGCGUGGCUGAGGUAGGGACGGUUUAUGAUAAUAAAGACAGAAAUGGCGUCGACUGGACAAGAAACCUUUCAACGUUUGUCUUGCGACUACGAAAAUCUGUCUUCUCGAUUUAUGCUGCAGGAUCGGAACUACCAGAGACAAUAUGCACAUCUUUAUUCAGAACGGUUGACUCUUAUGAGACCUGCCCUUGAGGAAGCAGCUAGAAGGAAAUGGGGUGAAGACGCUCCUUUAUGUCAUCUGUAUCAGCUGGUUGGUGGUGAGAAACGUAUUGUUGUAGGAACACUCUUUAAAAGCAUGGAGCUCAAACCAAGCAUCCUGAAAGAAAUAAGUGAAGAUCGUAAUCUAACACCCCAGCCUUCGAGAGAAAGGUUCUCCUCCGAUUCUGACUUCCUUGUUCUAGAAGAUGAACUUCAGAGGGUAGUCCUGACGGGAAAUAUUGAUGCACAGACUGCUAUUACAGGUGUGGUGCUAGCAGUGAAAGGAUUUGAGAAUGACGAUGGCAAGUUUGAGGUGGAGGAUACAUGCUAUGUGGAUUUACCGAGCAUUGAGGAAUAUCCGCCAUUAGAUGACGAUCGGUAUCUCAUCUUGAUGUCCGGUCUAGGCAUUGGUAAUGAUCAGACUGACCUGAUGAGUCUCCAGCUAAUGGUCGACAUCAUCACCGGUCAACUCGGGACAGCUGACCAACAGAAGAUGUUCUCCAAGGUGGUGAGGGUCAUCAUUGCUGGUAACAGCCUCAGCGAAAGUACUAGGGACAGAGAUGUUCUCACUACAGCCAAAUAUUUAACAAGGAAAUCUCAAGCAGGGACUGUAGAAGCUAUUAAAACCCUGGACCACUUAUUAGUACAACUCACGAGUUGCAUUCCAGUAGAUCUGAUGGCAGGCGAUUUCGAUCCAGCCAAUUCUAGUCUCCCACAACAGCCGUUUCAUCGAUGCAUGUUCCCACAAUCCAGUGUCUAUUCUACGUUCAACUCCGUCACCAACCCUUAUGAGGCGAAGAUUGCAGGAAUGAGAGUGCUUGGUUCAUCAGGUCAGAAUGUAACAGACAUCUAUCAGUUUACAACUAUGGACGAUAGACUUUCAAUCCUAGAGCAAACCUUGAAAUAUGGUCACAUUGCUCCAUCAGCCCCUGAUACUUUAGCAUGCUAUCCGUACUACAACAAAGAUCCUUUCAUAAUUAAAGAUUGCCCAGCCAUCUACUUCGCAGGAAACCAACCAAGAUUCCAGACCAAGAAAGUAGUGACAGGUUCCGAUGAUGAAGAGGUUCUGCUUGUAACUGUUCCUAGUUUCCAAGAGACCAAGUCCUGUGUGAUAGUCAACCUGAGAACAAUGGAUUGUCAACCGCUUAUCUUCUCGGCCGAUCUCUCAUCUAGUUGAAAAUCACAUUCUAUGCUGAUUGAGAGGGGUGUUUCACAGAGAUUUAAGUGUGACGUAGCUUAAAUGUCUAGU